AUGAUAGAGAACAUUUUAAAUGGCAAAGAGCAAUCUAAAAUUGUUCUCAUUCAAGAUACAAUUGAAGAAUCAGGUUAUCCUCUAGCAACAUGCUGCCUCAAGUCUUUAUCAAACAGGUUUGACCAGAUACACUUGCUGUGUUUUGAUAUAUCCCCACAAACUUUCAAAAAGGUUUUGCCUGAAGAAACUCUUUCACAUUGCACAUUCCAUGAUUUCAGUUCUGACCCAUUGGGUUGGUUGGAGAAUGGACAUGUUUCAGUUAAAUCCACAGACUUCAUUCACUAUCUUCAGAAACAUCCAACUUUAAGGAAUUCUUGCUCACAAGGUCAACAAAUUGCUGUUAUGCUUUGUUCCAUAACAAAUCUAUUAAUCCAUCAAUCUCCAUCUUACACAUGUCGUUUACUUCACAGACUUGUCGACACUUACACAUCCCCAUUUUCAGGAGUAACUGUUGGUCAGGUUGUAUGUAUGGUCCACUCUGAUCUGCAUGGUGAACACUUACUUUCCCAGUUGGCCUACGUUGCUACCAGUGUGAUUACUCUCCAAAACAACUCUACAUCAAAUACAUUUAUGAAUUGUCAUGUACUUCACCACAGAACAACAGGGAAAAUUUUACAAAUUAAUGAGCAAUUCCGAUUAAGUCCUACAUAUGAACUGAAAGACUUGAUGGUGGCCAAACCUGCUGCAGUAUCUGUUACAGAUGAACAUCAGCCUGAUCCUACAGCCAAUCUUACUUUUAACCUCAACCUUACAGACAAAGAGAAAGCGGACAGAAGUCGACAGGUUCUUCCUCACAUCAAAAUCCAAAACUUACCCCAAGAAAGUAAAACUAGCUGUGAAGAAGGAGAAGAUACAAUUGCUUUGGUUUACUUAAGAAAAACCAGAAACUACACCUUUUGUGAUACAGAAGAUGGGCUAAGGAUACGGACACAGUAA